AGAAAGCGCCGCGAAGCAUGUUAAAUAACAAGGGCUGAAUAAGGCUUCCAGAUAACAACAGCUGUGUCCGCGAAUGGAAUAAUAAUUACUCACAGUACCUGGUGUGAACGCACCGCGAUCGGUGUGGUAGUAAGGACAGAAGAUUCUGUCAACGUUCGCCUUCGUGAGCGUGUGCCCCGUGAUUACCAUAAAGGGACUUGGGAUAUUCACCGAUGCCACUCGAGGCUCGCCUUGACUUCCAAGGAGAGAUUCCUGAAGAAUUUCAUUGUUACCAAUAAAUGGACAAUUUCAUUGUUUUGCUUCUACAGUAUAAUAUGAUCAUGCAGAAGAAAGUAGAAUAAGCACUGUAUUAACCAGUUAACUGCGGAAUUUAGUUUGAAAAAUCUCUUAUUGUGCGCGAUAAAGUCAAGCAACGAAGUAUGUACUCGCCAAACGCAGUGCAAAUGUACCUAUAAUAUAUUCUGACGAAAAACUAAAGCGAAACGAAGAAUUACAUGUGUAUCUGGAAAAAUCACUAAUUCAUCGUUGAAAAGAUUAGUAUCAUUUCGAGUUUUAGGAUGACGCGUAUACUCGCCAAACGCAGGUAAUUGGUUAAAAUAUCAUAGUGCAGUGCAGUUCUUCGUAGUCGACGAAAAUCCUUGACAUUAAAAAUAUAAAACAGUAGAUGUGAACUCUUGAUUUUCAAGGAAAGAUUCCUGAAGAAUUUCAUUGCCACCAGGAAAUGGACAAUUUCAUUAACAUAUUUUCAUUAUUCAUUCAUGAAUGAUUAAUAACCAUUAAUUUAAUAUAUAAUACUAAUUAAUUUAAUUUUAAAUGUAUGUAAAAUAGUUAUUAUUAGAUUGUGAAUGCUUAUAUAAACGCGUACUCUUAAGAAGCACAUGUGUAGAAAUAAAAUCCUAACAGUAAUUUACUUUUUUCACUAGAAGUUUGUUGGAAUAUAUUUUUCAUUUAGCAAGUUUUACAUAAUGUAUAAUUUGCAUACUGACUGAUUUAUGCACGUUGUAUACACUUUACAUGUUCUGUGCAUAUUUCUUACAUGUACCAUGCAUAGAUAGUCCAACAAAGCAAUGGUGCAUUAUCAAGUAGUACUAUUCAGAAUUAUUCAUGUUAUUCUUGGUUAAACACAAAUAAUAUUAUUUAAACGCAGUGUGAAAGGAACUUACAUUUGAAAAGUGAGAACUUGCAAAUGAAAAGAACUGUGGAUACGCGAUUUGAUUUAAAUGCACAAGACUUUAAGACCUUACAAAUUUAAAUAAGAAUAUCGAACGUUGAACAAUCUUCCCUAACAUACGACUUAAAUUAAAUCACAAUAAUUCAAAUAAUAAACUAAGGAAUAUUUAAUAAACACAUACCCACACUCUCACGCAUAGUUUGCGUAUUUAUAUACACUAUGCUUGCAUAACCGUUCGCAAUUUAGUCGUAUUAAUCGCAUCAGUUCUUGCAUAAAUCUUGUAACAGUUAACAAGAUAAGGAGUGAAUCGCGAUGGUACGCGGGACAUCGCCUGAGAAACCUGAAUGGCAGGAACAUAUUGCGGAGGAUUCUUCAAUGUCUGGAUUAGUCGGUACUCUACGCGGCUUGGAGGAGUUUUCCGGAAGCACGACGCAGUCUGGCCGAAGAGCUAGCCUCGCUUUAUCUUUGCAUUCGAAUUUGGCUGGUUUCACGACACCUAACAAUCCAGAGGUUUCGCCUUUCCAUGUCGUCGAUUCAGCGAGAAGAAGAUUCAGCGACGUUGUCUCGAGGAAAAUCUCUCACACGAUACGAUGGAGGACCGUGUCCGCUUCUGUUGAACUCACCGUGUCGCAGGGUUCAUCGUUAUGCGGUCAGUACAUACGAAACCGAUUAAAACGGUCUGGGAUCUUUCAUCGGAAGCUUGGCUUGAAGAGGAUGAGGAGCGCCAUGUUGCUUCCUGGCGGUGCAGUUGUAGGAGAAGUGUAUCCAGAAUUGAUAUCGGUCGGGGCGGAAUUAGAGAAAAUGCAUCCGAACGUGUUCAAUCGCGUUGCUCGGCAAAUCGGCUGCGGCAGUUUCUCCUCGGAACAAUCCGUCAACGAGGCCAUAGUCGACGUCUCUAGGGAGAUGAUCAGAAACGGCGAGAUGACUUGGAGCAAAGUGAUAGCCCUUUACGCCAUCGCAGGUGGCAUUGCUGUGGAUUGCGUGCGCCAGGGCAAGCCUGAGUUUUUACCCGCCAUACAGAGAGGUAUGACUGAUGUUUUGGAAGAUGAUCUCGUUGCAUGGAUACAAGCCAAUGGUGGAUGGUCCGCCUUGGUAACUCGUUAUAGGCCAGUAACAAAAGAAACAACGUGGUACACGCAUAAGGUUGUGUUAUUAUUUAUAUUUUCCAUGUUAAUCGUCUUUAUAUUUUUACUAUUUUUAAAAGUUUUAAUUUUUUAACGUGUACUAAAUAUAUUCUUAUAAACAUUUAUUUAUCCAGUAAUUUAUUGUAAUA